AUGAAGACUUGGAGCUUAUUUGCUUCAGCUUUGAGACAUCAAAGAUUAUAUUUAAAUCGUCCACAGAUUAUUUUACCAAGAUGUGAUUAUCCUCGUCCGCCUAUUGUCCGUCGUGCCUAUACAACAACAAUCGCUGUGCCCCAUUCGUCAUUACCUGUCAUCGAUUUCUUUGCUAGUCCAAAGCCAUGUGCAUCAUAUACGCUUGCUCAUGGUGCUUCAGGAUUCGCAAAGAAGUACCAUUACACAACACCUGAUGCCAAAAAGAGAGAUACAUACUGUAGCAUUCAAAUCGGAGAAGAUGCUUAUUUUAGACGAUCUGAUGCGUUGGGAGUAGCCGAUGGAGUAGGUGGAUGGUCAAGUGUAUCAAAUGCCAACCCUGCACUGUAUUCGAGGAAAUUAAUGCACUAUGCUUACUUGGAACUAGAAAAGUUUGACAACAUUGAAGAUCCUAGUUUCUAUCACUACAAUGAUGCCGAUCCUAUACGUAUUUUACAAAAAAGUUAUGAUGAGAGCAUGUUGGAAGCAGAAAAAGAGGGCAUCCUGGGCUCAUGCACAGCGUGUCUUGCCAUUCUACGAAACUCGGAAUUACGAAUAGCCAAUCUGGGUGAUUGCGGUAUCAGCGUGAUCCGUAAUAAUGAAUACAUAUUUCAAAGUGAAGAGCAGCAACAUGCCUUCAAUUUCCCUUUUCAAUUAGGCCCAACAUCACCAGAUCAACCAAAGGAUGCACAGACCUUUACGGUCCGCAUCGAAAAAGGAGAUAUCAUCGUCAUGGGAUCCGAUGGACUAUUUGAUAAUUUAUUUGAUAGAGAAAUUUUGUCCAUCGUUCAGUCACAUGUAGCAGCGCACACCGUCCGUGGUCGACUGCUGGCUAUGGAUCCUCAAAAGAUUUCAGAUGCACUUGCAAAACGUGCGAGAACCGGAGGAAAAGCAGAUGAUAUUAGCGUCUUGGUUGCAGUUGUCAAGGAUUGCGAAGAUACACCAGAUAGAAGAUAAACUAUAUCAAAAAGUAAUAAAGAAAAAAAAACAACAACAAUAACUAUUACUUUGGCAUCCAAUCCAUCAAAAAGAAGAAAAAAGUGAACAUUGCUAUCGUUAGUGUUUUUUUGCUGCUGGCAAUUUCAAAUGUCUUUAUUGCUUGACAAUAAGCAAAGAUGAAUUACAGAGCUCAACUUGUUCUUUUUAAAAAUGACAGUUUUAACAAUAUUCUCAGUGAUGGUAUAGCUUAUUAUGUUGUCAAGUCGCCAUGAGUAAUAGUUCAUGAUCAAAAUAAACUAUAAAUUGACAAAUGUCACUUGAUUUAUCCUCUUUUGUGGGGGAACCAGUACGACAGAUACUUAACCUGUUUGUCA